CCAGUCCAUAAGGUCAAGGUUAAGUGAAACCAAAACAAGUGGGAUAACGGAAAGUAAACGAUAAUCAUAAUUGCUACGUAUAUACUAUAACAAAAAUGUCUGAUUGAUUUAACAUUGAAUACAGAAUGUCAAUUCCAAGUGCAGCACUCGCGGCAGGGUGGAUCCCUUUUGUUGUUACCUUGGUUCUGAUCUUGUUAUUUUCGGGUGCGUAUGUGAAGUACUUUAUCAGUAAGAGGGAUGGCACAUUAUCUACGACACUGUCAUCAGUGGUAGCCCUCAGUGUGACGUUGCUGACCACAGCUCUCAUCCCCGUCGACGUCUUCCUGGUCUCAUUUAUGAAAAACACAGAUGGCACUUUCAAGGACUGGGCUGUGAGUAAUGCAACUAGGCAGUCAAUGGAGACCUCUGUGUCAGAUGCUUAUUAUUCGCUGUAUGGUCUGAUAGUUUUCUGCCUCUUUCUCUUGUUACCAUUCAUGUACUUUUUCUAUGAAGAAAGAGAUGAAGAAUCUACUGUAAAAUCUAGAAUUUGUUCUGCCCUGAAGUUUACCAUUGUGUCUUUGUUCAUCAUUGUAACUCUCCUGUUAGUUGGUGCCUUUGUUGGGGUAAAUCAUGGAAGUUCAACACCCAGUGGAAAUAAUACCAACCAGUGGAAGAGGAUUGCAGACCUCUUCAAAGAGUUUGGAAAUGAUACCAGAUUGGAGGAUGCCCUGUCUUUUGUUAUGAGUGUACUAAGUCUUUUGGGAAUGUUGGCCCUCAUCAUGUACUCAGCCUAUGGAAUGUCAGCCAUGCCAAUGUCAUUGAUCAAGGGAACAAAAAGUGCUAAAGCAGAACGAAGUGAUGUCCAAAACCGAAGAUCAAGGAUAAGCGAAAGGUCAAGGGCAAUCCGGGAGAAGUACACCAGACGCGGCCUGUCGUCCCGGAACCGUGACCAGGUGGAAAGCAUGGACGAGGAAGAGAGGCUGCUACAGCGCGAGGAGAGACACCUGGAGGUCAAAGAGAGAAGCGUCCUACAGAAAUGUCUGCUGGUCCUGCGGCCGUUCGAGGUCGUGUUCGGAGUGCUGUUCUUUCUUGUGACUCUGCUGGUGUUUGUGUCACUGUUACUCACAAACAUUGACAAAGCCAUACAUAGCUUGGGCUACAAGUCUGGGUAUGCCUUACCCCAGAGAAACCUCCCAAACCCUGUGGAUAUAGUUCUAGUCUUCUGUCAGAAGGUGUUUCCUCUGGACUACAUCAUGUUUGCUGCCUUGGUCCUGUACCUGGUUUUUUGCUCUAUGUCCGGUGUCAGGAACAUCGGCAUCUGGUUCCUCUGGCUCAGGAUGUACAAGAUCCGCCCACGAAGGACACGCCCCCAGGGCAUCCUGAUGAUGUGCAUGAUCAUGAUGUUUUUGACGCUAGCCAUCAACAUCAUCAUCUAUGAGCUGACCCCUCAAUACUCCUCGUUUGGCAGCCAGAGAUAUGUGAUAAGUAAAGGGAAUUCCUCUCAUGUUGAAAUUGUAUCAUGUACUGCCGAAGCAACAGCAGAUGACUGCACCGUCACCAGAAUGACCCUGCUGUUGACCAGUUUCUUCUACAGGAUGUGGUUCUUUGGAGCAGCAUAUUACUGGGGGACUUGGGUGUUCCUGGGGUUUAUCCUGAUUGGGUUCAUCAUUUCUGUGAUCAAGAAGAGGAGGUCUGCCAUUGAUGGUGAGGUGGAUGCUGAUGAUUUUGAUGACAGUGACGAGGAAUUGUUAACAGGAUAACUCCUCCUGACAAACACUUUAAUUGACCUUACCACAAGGAUUUUCUUCUAAAUACAAAGUAAUUCAUAUUAAUGAUGUUCUUUUUAAUGUAUACAUGUGAACUAGUUAAUUUUCAAACCUUCAGAGCAUGUAUAAAUAUGUGCAGAUAUACAUGUAUUGACAUUUCAAUUUUCCGUGUAUCCUGCAAGAGAGAGAGAGAUAGAGAGAGGGGAAGGAGAGAGAUUUGCAUAAUGUUUUCAGUUGUGUUUUCAUAUUGUUUUUCUAUGUAUAAAUGUAUUUGUAUGCUUACUUUCUAUGUAUUUAUAAUUAUGUUUUCUAUAAUUUGUUAAAAAAAAGUGUCUUCAGAUUUAUUUAUAAUGAUGAGUGCUAAUAAAGGUAGUUACUCUG